AUGGAGCAAACUGUCAAGAAGAACCGUGGUCAUUCCCGCUACCAAUUCUUCCAUGUCUCCCUCAAUCACCAGCUUCCCCGAACUGGAUCCGACGUCUUCGACGACGACGGCCGUCCCAAGCGCACUGGGACUGUUCGGACUGCAAUUGCUCAUAUCAUCACUGCUGUGAUUGGGACUGGAGUUCUAUCAUUGGCCUGGGCCAUUGCUCAGCUCGGAUGGAUUGCUGGUCCUGCUGUCAUGAUUUUGUUCUUCUUCGUCACUUACUACACUUCUACUCUGCUCGCCGAUUGUUACCGUAGCGGCGACCCCCUCACCGGCAAGAGAAACUACACUUACACGGACGCCGUUCAAUCCAAUCUCGGUGGAGCCAAGGUCAAGCUCUGUGGGAUAAUUCAGUACGUGUAUCUUUUCGUUAGCACCAUUGGAUACACCAUUGCGGCAUCCAUCAGCAUGAUGGCAAUCAAGAGGUCGAAUUGCUUGCACAAGAGGGGGGGGAAGAAUCCUUGCCACAUAUCCAACAAUCCCUACAUGAUCGCGUUUGGCUUAGUCGAGAUCAUUUUCUCCCAAAUCCCAGACUUUGAUCAGAUAUGGUGGCUCUCCAUUGUCGCUGCCGUCAUGUCCUUCACCUACUCUAGCAUCGGCCUUGCCGUUGGCAUUGCAAAAAUUGCAGAAAACAAAAAAUUCCAGGGAAGUCUCACCGGAAUCCACAUCGACGUCGUGACCCAGACCCAGAAAGUAUGGAGGAGCUUCCAAGCCCUUGGCAACAUAGCUUUUGCCUACGCUUUCUCCUUCGUCCUCAUCGAGAUUCAGGACACGAUCAAAUCCCCACCAGCAGAAUCCAAGACGAUGAAGAAGGCAACCGCCAUAAGUUUCACUGUGACAACCAUCUUCUACAUGCUCUGCGGCUGCAUGGGCUACGCCGGAUUCGGGGACAUGGCUCCCGGAAACCUCCUCACCGGCUUUGGUUCCUACAACUCAUACUGGUAUCUUUGCAUAGGCAAUGCCGCCAUAGUAAUCCACCUGGUGGGAGCAUACCAGGUGUUCGCUCAACCCAUUUUCGCCUUCAUCGAGAAAUUCGCCGCAGAAAGAUUCGCGCACAACGAUUUCAUUACUAAAGAAAUCGAAAUCCCCAUACCAAGUUUCCACCCCUACAAGCUCAACCUCUUCCGGCUGGUGUGGCGAACCAUUUUUGUGAUCGUCAUCACUGUGAUAUCCAUGCUCCUCCCCUUCUUCAACGACAUGGUUGGGCUUCUGGGGGCUCUGGGAUUCUGCCCCCUUACCGUUUACUUCCCGGUGGAGAUGUAUAUUGCGCAAAAGAAGAUACCCAAAUGGAGCAGCAGAUGGCUCUACUUCCGAAUCCUCAUUUUUGCUUGCCUUGUGGUUUCCUUGGUUGCUGCUGCUGGCUCCGUUGCCGGGAUUGUUCAUAAUCUCAAGGUUUCUAAGCCCUUCAAGGCGACUUUCGCUAGCUCAAUUUGCUGUGAGAGAUAUAUACAAGAUUAAUUAAGAUUUCCUGUGGAAAUCGACAUUAAUUAAAAUUUCAUUUCAGGUACUAAGGUUCAGAAGGGGUUGAUCUUCUUGUUACUCUACAGUUAAAUGUUUGUUUGGCGAAAUUCUUUGUGAGCCUUUGGCAAGUAUGUACUGAAUACAUCAAUCAUUCUUGGUUCU